UUGCCCAUGGCGUCCUCCCCGCCCUCUCCUGCCUCCGUGAACCCUUCAUCCGAGUCGCCGCCCUCUGCUUCACCAUCAUCUGCGCCGCCCUCCGCAGCCCCACCGCUAUCAGAUUGUCCGGCUCGCCCUCCUCCUCCCCUUCGCUCGGCCACCGUGGGAGCGUCGCUCCUCCGCGAUUAUGCCUCGCACAUAGAUCCUUCCCAGCCCACCACCGAGAUUCGCGGGUGUGCUCCCUCUCCCAGCCCCUCCGACACGCAGUCUCCCCGGGGGGCCGCCGCUGUCCCACCCACGCCGCCUCCCUCCAACCGGCCGCUUCGUCAGACAGCCUCCCUGACGGGCCACCAACGGAACGCCUUAUCCAGCGACUCGAUCCCUCGCCAGACUCUCCUCAAGGCCCUCGCGUCGCGCCCGUCUAUGUGCAGCCAAAACCCUAACAUGCCGCUGGCGGCCUCGCUGAGGCUGUUCAACCCGAGCUCCAGUUCCCCCGAUGAAACAGAGCGUCGCUCGAGCAGCGCCUCGUCGCAGAUGCUGUCCGCGGCCCUCUCCAAUAUCCAACUAGGCACGUAUCUCGACCGCGCGCCCGCCACGGCACGGCUGAUCAUGCAAUCCCCAUGCUUCUUCCAUCAGCGGUUCGACGAUGCGGUAAAUAUCCAGAAGGUCCUCGAGGAAAUCGCGGAUGAUGAAUGGCUGUCACAUUCCCGGCUGGUCCAAACUGCGACCGGUGUCCGCGAAGUGUCGAAGCAAUUACAGCGGCGCCCCAUCAAGCGCGCGGUCAAAACGGUCAUGAUUGUCACCAAGGCGCGCGACAACAGUCUGGUGCAUCUCACCCGGGAACUGGCGGAAUGGCUCCUCUCCACCCCUCGCUACGGGAAUGAAGUCGGCGUCAAUGUCUACGUUGAUGCCAAGCUCCGAAACUCGAAGCGGUUCGACGCACAAGGACUCCUGGGGAAAGACCCCCGGUUCGCCGACAUGCUACACUACUGGACGCCCGAUCUGUGCUGGACGGCGCCCGAGAAAUUCGACCUGGUCUUGACCCUCGGGGGCGACGGAACGGUGCUUUUCACUUCGUGGCUUUUCCAACGCAUCGUCCCGCCCGUCCUCUGCUUCUCCCUAGGCAGUCUGGGGUUCCUGACCAACUUCGAGUUCGAGAGCUACAAGUCCCACUUGAACGCGGUGAUGGGCGAUGUGGGGAUGCGGGUGAAUCUGCGGAUGCGGUUCACCUGUACGGUGUUCCGCAAAGACCGGAGCAAGGGCGCCGAAGCGGGCGCCGUCGAGGAAGGCGAGCAGUUCGAGGUUUUGAACGAAUUGGUCAUCGAUCGAGGGCCGUCGCCUUAUGUCUCCAAUCUGGAAUUAUAUGCCGACAACGACCUCCUCACCGUGGUCCAAGCGGACGGAUGCAUCUUCUCUACUCCCACAGGUUCCACGGCAUACUCCCUCUCCGCCGGCGGGUCUUUAAUCCACCCCUCCAUCCCGGGGAUUCUCCUCACCCCGAUCUGUCCCCAUACCCUGUCCUUCCGCCCCAUGGUCCUCUCCGACACUCUCCUGCUUCGCAUUGCUGUCCCGCAUGGGUCUCGUUCAACCGCGUACUGCUCGUUCGACGGGAAGGGUCGCGUGGAACUGCGGCAAGGCGACUACGUGACCGUUGAGGCGAGUCAAUACCCGUUCCCGACCGUGGUCGCCGGCAGCGGGGAGUGGUUCCAGAGCGUGCAGCGCGCGCUGCGAUGGAACACGCGCGGCGCGGUUCAAAAAAGCUGGCAUAGCGGCUCCGACGCCGGCCUCGAGCCGACGGAGGAGGACGAGGUCGGGGAAUGGGACAUCGAUACUGAUGCCGGGCUCGCCGGGACAGACAGCGGUCUAGGGCCCAGCGAGGACGGCGACACGGGGUCCAUCAGUCCGCUGAAGCGGCAGAUGAGCAUGUUCAGCACGUAGUCGCCCUUCAUUCACCAUUCACCAUUUAUUACUUUGUUCUUCUCUUGCUUCUUUCGGCCUGUUUAACUUGGGGGUCCGGCGCACUGGAUUGGCGCAGGGCACACGCUACACUUUGCUUCAGGGAGCGUCGGGUUUGGAUAAGCGAUGCCUGAUAGACCUGGGAUAUUCUCUAGACAAGGCUACAUCUAUUUCGAUUUCGGGUGGGGGAG